GCCGGUUGAGGUCAGGCCUGGCGGCGGCGGCGGCCCAAAAACCGAGCUAAAGCCGCAGGAGGCUCCCUGGAGAUGAGUUGAUGCCCACCCAGCGCUGCUCCCCUUCCCCUUCGUACUCCUCGCUCCCGGUGGUCCUCGCUACGAAAUGGCUGCCAAACUGAUGCACCGCUGGUAUCGGCUCUACAGGGUCUCGUCCCCCUUGUGCGCCCGAGCUCACGUGGUGUCCGUGGGAAGCAAGAUGGUGGUGGCCAGAGGGCCGCCCCAAACCCCUUCCGCCCCGUUGACGGCUUUUAGCCUCUCGAGGCCCACAGACAAACUCUCUGUCAAGCAGCAGGUGGACGGGGCGCCCCCCGAACGCAGCGAGUUGGAGGACAUCAUCAGCUCGGCGUCCACCACAGAGGAUCUCCUGCGCUUGGAGGAGCUUCACGCCGUCAACGCAAACCAAGCGGCCGUUAUAAUCUCCCGACUCUCCCGUCUAGUGGCAGAGAAAAAACUGGACCCCGACAGCAUCUUGCGGGAUGAGCGCUUCCAAGACCUGCUUCAGAUCAUACACAGGCAGGGGACUCGGGUAUGGAACACCGCUUUGGUGAGCCUCUUCAAGAGCCUCCAACUCCUGGGCCUGGAGCGGAGCAGGCCGGAGAUGCGUUCGGUGGAGCAGGAGGUGCGCUGGCGGCUGAGGCGGCUGACCUUCAAGAACCUCGCCUUCCUCGCUGAGCACGUGGCCACCAGCGUCCCCAAGGGGCACCCGAGCGAGCUGCUGAGCGACGUGCUGAAGCACCUUGAGCUGCGUUGGACGGAGAUUGCGGACGUCAGGACGGUGGUGAUGCUCAUGUCUAAAGUGGGGCCCCUCUCCCCAGUAUUGAUGGAGAGACUGGAGGAUAAGAGCCUGGAGUUGGCUGAGCAGUUCACCCCCGAGGACACUCGGAAAGUCGCUGUUGCCUUGGCAGUCCAGAACCGCCGGUCCAUCCCUCUUCUCCGCGCAAUCUCAUACCACUUGGUUCAGAAGCACUUCACUUUCAGCACCAGCAUCCUCCUGGACCUGGCUUUCGCCUACGGGAAGCUGGGUUUCCACCAGACCCAGGUCUUCCAGAAGAUCGCUGCAGACCUCCAUCCCCGUGUGCCGGAGCUGUCCGCUGGGGACGUGGUGCGCUGCCUGAAGUCCUUUGCUUACCUCAAGUGGCUCAACCUGCCCCUCUUUGAGGCCUUUGCGCAGCACACCGUGGACAACGCCGAGAAAUACUCCCUGUUCCACCUUAGCAACGUCGUCCUCGCUUUUGCUCGCUUGAACUUCCAUCCCAGCUGCAGAGACGCCUUCUAUAGCACAGUCCACAGAGGGAUGGACGACCACUUGGAUGACUUAGACCCCUACCUGCUUCUGGACCUGGUGUGGUCACUCUGCGUUCUGCAGCAAGCGAAGGCUUCCCACCUGCAAAAAGUUUUGGAGCCGGAGUUUCGCACUCGCUUCUUAGACGACCCCUCGGCGAGAGGGCACAACUACCAGCUCAAACUGAUCCACGUCAACACAGCCGCCUGCCUGGAGUGCGCCGACUACGCAGGGCCCCUCCUGCCGCCGGAAGCCCUGGGCAGCAAGCGGCUCCAGGGGGGCAGGAAGCUCACCCCACUGCAAAGCAGCCUCAGGGAGGUGCUGCAGGGGGUUGCGGGAGACCCGGCGAAAGUGCGCUUUGAGGUGGACACGGGCUGCGGAUGGCUGCUUGAUGCCGAGAUGGUGCUUAACGCAGACAACCAGCCCUUGCCUGUCGCAGACUUCACAGCUCCUGCCCAGCCCCAGUCCAAGGGAUCUCAACCUCUCCCUCCCGGGGCCAGAAGGCUCGCCUUCCUCGGAUGGGAGUUCCCAAACUUCAGCAACCGGAGCAAAGACCUUCUGGGCCGCUUCGUCAUGGCCCGACGCCACGUCCAAGCCUCCGGUUUCCUGGUUGUCGAUGUUCCCUAUUACGAAUGGCUUGACCUGAAGUCGGAGUGGCAGAAGACGGCCUACCUCAAAGACAAGAUGGGCAAAGCGGUGGCUGAAGAGAUGGCAAAAUAGAGAGAAAGAGAGAGAUACACACACACAAGGGCAGUGGCCGGAUUAACUGCUGGGAGGAAGGGAUUCUGCCUGUCCUUGUCAACAACCAUCUUUGCGAUGCUCUGAAGGGAAGUGGCCGGGAGCAUCUCUGGGCGCAUGGAGGGGGCCUCUUCAUCCAUGUAUAUAGAUGUGCAUUUGAAUAAAUGGUCUAUUGUACAGUCCA